GUAAUGGAUUCCAACUUUCUUAAAAACGCAUACUUAAAUAAUCAAAAAAUAAUGCAACAACAAAUAACAAGUAAUCAACAAAUAAAUGACCAAAAUCGCCAAAUUCUAAAUAACAUUAUUGGUGGAAAUGAAGGAAACGUUUUUGGGGGUGGCGGUAAUGCUUUUGUUGGACAAGCAGGGCCCAAUUUUUUUGGUGCAAACCAAGGGAAUGCUUUUGAUGAACAAGCAGGGCCCAAUUUUUUUGGUGCAAAUCAAGGAAACGUUUUUGGAGGAGUUGGUGUGAAUGAUCUUGGUGGACAAGCGGGGCCCAAUCUUGUUGGUGCAAACGGAGGAAACGGUUAUGUUGGAGAAGGAGGAGGCAAUGUUUUUGGUGGACAAGAAGGGAAUGUUUUUGUUGGACAAGAAGGGCCCAAUAUUUUUGCUGCAAAUGAAGGAAACGUUUUUGGAGUUGGAGGUAAUGCUUUUGGUGGACAAGGAGGGCCCAAUCUUGUUGGUGCAAAUCAAGGAAACGUUUAUGGAGUUGGAGGUAAUGCUUUUGGUGGACAAGGAGGAGGAGGAGCCAAUCUUUUUGGUGGAAAUCAAGGAAACGUUUUUGUUGGAGUUCGUGGGAAUAAUUUUAGUGGUGGAGGAAAAGACAUUUUUGGUGGUCAAGGAGGGAAUAAUGGAAUUGAGAAUCAAGAGAAUAAUGGAGGAACUUUGGGUGAUGGUUAUUUGGAUGAUGGUUACUUUGCCAAUGGUUUCAUUUGAAUGGUUACCUUUUGGUGAAGAAUAUCUUUUGUUGAUUUGAUGAUGAAUGGUUAAUUGA